UAUAAAUUUAAAGUGAAAGGUAGACUAUAAACAAAAAAUAUAUAAAUAUAUGUAUAGGAACUAGGAAGUAAUAUAAUUUAUUAAUAAUAUUGCAGCAAAUGGAGAGGAAAAAACAAGGUCGUGUAAUGGUGGUACCAUGUCCAGCCCAAGGCCAUGUGAAACCCCUAAUGUUACUUUCUCAAAAACUAGCCAAGCAUGGGUUCAGAGUAACUUUCGUUAACAUUGAAUUCAUUCACAACAAGAUAUUAAGAAGCAUGCAGGCUGAUGAUGAUGAUGAUGAUGAUAAAACUAGUAGUGGUGUUGGAUCAUCACAAAUUGAGAUGGUGUCAAUCCCAGAUGGGCUGGACCCCAUGGCUGACAGAAGUGACCUAAAAGUGAUAUGUAAAUUAGUUUGGGGAGACAGUAUUUUGCCUGCAGAGCUUGAAAAACUCAUAAAAACUAUAAACAAUAAUAAUGAUGAGAUGAUGAUUAGUUGUGUGGUUUCUGAUUAUUUUAUGAGUUGGCCAGUUGAAGUUGCAGCUAAAUUGGGUGUUAAAGCCGCUGUUUUCUGUCCUUCCGCCGCUGCAAUUUUCGUCUACACAAUCAACAUACCAAACUUUAUACGUGAAGGGAUCAUCACAUCUGAUGGCUAUCCAACCAAACAACAAAUAAUUCAAUUAUCUAGUGGCAUGCCUACUAUGCACACAUCAAAGUUACCAUGGAAUGUUGGUGACCUUGCUACACAAAAGAUGGUGUUUCAUGGUUAUCUUAAAGUAAGUGAAAGUUUAAAAAUGAUAGAUUGGUGGCUUUGCAAUACAUCUUAUGACAUCGAACAUGCUGUGUUUUCUUUACUUCCAAAGCUUCUUCCAAUAGGUCCAUUAAUGGAAAUCGAAUCAGCUAGCCCUUUAGAUACUAAUCCAGGUUCACAAUUUUGGGUCGAAGAUUCAUCUUGCUUAAGUUGGUUGGAUCAACACAAGCCUCGCUCAGUCAUAUACAUUGCAUUUGGUAGUUUCACAACACACGACCAAAUCCAAUUUCAUGAGCUUGCUCGUGGACUUGAGCUAACUAGUAAGCCAUUUCUCUGGGUUGUUCGCCCAGGAUCUGUGUCAGGUGAGCAAAAAUUGGGACUCAACUCACAUGGAUUUGGAGGCAAUGACAAUCUUAGAAAAAUAAUCAAUUGGGCCCCUCAACAAAAGGUUUUAAGUCAUCCUUCUAUUGCUUGUUUUGUGAGUCAUUGUGGUUGGAACUCAACUAUUGAAGGUUUAAGUAAUGGAGUGCCUUUCUUGACUUGGCCUUAUUUUGCUGAUCAAUAUAUGGAUGAGAGUUAUAUAUGUGAUGUUUGGAAAGUUGGAAUGAAGCUUGUGCCUAAUGAAAAUGGAAUUGUCACAAGUGAAGAGGUGAAAAAUAAAGUGGACAAAUUGUUGUACGAUAAAGAUAUACAAAGAAGAUCUUUAGAAUUCAAAGAAAUAAUGAUGAAGAGUAUUUCUAAAGAUGGUCAAUCUUCAAAAAACUUGAACAGCUUUGUCAAAUGGAUUAAGGAGGCAUAAUUAUUAAUUGGGACAUACCCUAGGAGUGAUAUCAAUAUGUAUUGCGUACUAAUACUAUCUUUUUUUUAGUUGAAAUACUUAAUAAUCUUUUCUUGAUUAUCAUAUGAUGAUGAUGUGAUUAUGUUGUUAGAAAUUUAUUUGUAUGAUAGGAAGCAUAUAUAUGAUUAUUAAUUAAUCGAAUAUAUAUGCACUAUGAAUAAAGGAAUAAAAUAUUUCUUGACAUUGAA